GAUCCAGGAGGAAGACCCCCUCCUUCCUCCUCUGCCUCUUCUUCUUCUUCCUCUCCGGCCCGGAGUUUACUCACUCAGACCUGCUGUACACCCGCUUCACACGGAUCACAGGUGUUUCUCUUUAUUAUUCAUCACAUUUCAUUCGGGUUUGUUUUUUUUUUUUUAAGUUUUAUAUAUUUAUAAUAGAGCACAUUUUUGUUCUACGGGAUCCGAAACUAUGGUUCUUCUUUGUGAGCACGAGGCGCAGGAAGAAGAUCUGUUUACAGUCCAAAAUCCACGCUGAUUACUAUUAAUAUCACUAUCUUAUUAUUAUUGUUUUUACAAUUUUUUUUUAAAGUGGAGCGCAGUAGCUCCGUGUUCUGUAAAGUGCCUGAUAAGUGCGGUUAAAAGGGUUAAAGAGAGAGACCGAGGGGAGAGAGGGAGUGUGUGUGUGUCCUGGUCAGUAUGGAUGAGAAUGAGCAGAGAGUCAGAGGAGACGCUCGGCGUGCGGGAGAGUCCGAGGUGAGAGCUCCGUCCCCGGGACACGCGCCUCCUCCUCCUCAUCCUCAUCCUCAUCCUCCUCCUCCACCGCCGCCGCCACCGCCGCCUCCUCACCGCGUCACCAACUUCUUCAUCGACAACAUCCUGCGCCCGGAUUUCGGACGCAAAAAGACGGAGGAAAGUGUGCUGAGACGCCACGAGAGCAGCGCGGGACAGCCGGGAGAGGUCGGACAGGUGGGACAGGUGUCCACGGAGAGCACCUCCACACCGCACGCCGGGAAGAAAGCCGACACGGUGACAGACGACGAGCCGGUGAAAGUGCGCGGAGAAAGCAAGGAGCAGUGCCUGAGCUCGGACUCGGAGCUUUCUCAACCCAACUCGUCCACUUUAACCCAGAACCAGCCCAUGCUGUGGCCCGCCUGGGUUUACUGCACGCGCUACUCGGACAGACCCUCGGCAGCCACGCCCACCGCAGGUCCCCGAACCCGCAGACCAAAGAAGAAGUGCAGCGGCAGCAGCAGCAGCAAGGAGGACAAGCGGCCGCGCACCGCCUUCACGGCCGAGCAGCUGCAGCGCCUGAAGGAAGAGUUCCAGUCCAACCGCUACCUGACGGAGCAGCGGCGCCAGAGCCUGGCUAACGAGCUGGGCCUUAACGAGUCGCAGAUCAAAAUCUGGUUCCAGAACAAGAGGGCCAAGAUCAAAAAGGCUUCAGGAAUCAAGAACACGCUGGCGCUGCACCUGAUGGCCCAGGGCCUGUAUAACCACGCUACCACCACCAAGGACGACAAAUCAGACAGCGAGUGAGGGGUGGGGACAGGGUUUGGGGGGGGGGGUGAGAGAGGUUUGGGCAAGAUACACAGGAGGUAGAUGGAGUAAAAGAGGCGGAGAGAGAAAAGGAGAAGGAGAAGGAGGGGGAAUGAGGACUAUACAACCAUGCCAACAUCCUGAUAGAGAGGGAGAGGUGGGGGGGGACAGGAAGAGAGACAGAAAGAAAGAGUGAGACAGGUGAGAGAGAGAUGAAAGAAGUGACGGUUGUAUUUCCAAUGCAAUAACUCUUAAGCAUCAAGGGCCAGUGUACAAACAUACCAGCAUUAACCGAGGUUCCAAUCAAAGUGUUAUUAUUCAUCAGACUUGAACAAGACUUACUAUUAUUAUUAUUAUAAAGAAAAAAAAACAAACAGGAAAAGCAUGGCGGCCACGCUAUUGGAUUUGUGCUUCUGCUGUUUUAUAAAUAGAGCUUUUCACGGGCUGCAUUAUCACGACAGAGAGAGAGAGAGAGAGAGAGAGUGAGAGAGAAACAUCCUGCUUCAAUCCAAAGACUAUUUCCUGCAACUGUGAAUGAAUACGAAAACAUGAGGCAUUGUUCCGAUUAUUCCGCAAAGGCAUGUGCUGAUAUUCAGAUGAAGUGAUGAAUUUCUCACGUCUUACGUUCCUGACCCAGGGUUCAGUGUUUUUGUUUAUCCAUCAUCCAGAUAAUAAUAAUUAUAACAAUAACAAAAAUGAACAAUAAUAAUAAUAAUAAAGUGCGCUCACAUUAGGAUAUUUGCGCGGUUUCGGGAAUCGAUCCCAAGCUAAAGGAUAGUUGACGCUUUGCUUGUUUUUUUAAGCUAGAAAGCAAAACUGCACUAUAACGUAACCGAUACGCUUGUUACUAGAAGAUUCUGUGAAAUGUUACUUCAGAAAUUCCAGCGAUUUAAGAUUUGUCAGGCAAAAAAAAAAGAGUAGCAAAGAUGCUUAUUAGCAUGCCAGAUACUCGGAUUGUAGCUUGGGAAGAUCCACAGUGCCUAAACACGCCUAGAAAAGAAGGAUGACCGCGUUUCAUAAUAAUAAUAAUAAUAAUAAUAAUAAUAAUAAUAAUAAUAAUAAUAAUAACAAUAAAAACAUGUUUAAUAUCAUGAUAACCCACGAUUUAUCGGCACAUGCCUUUACUCCGCUCCUGUUUUUUUUUUUUUUUUUUUUACGUAUUUUUUUUGGGGGGGAGGGGUUUUAAUGUUUCGAUUUCGAUGCACGCAUGCAGCGACCGUAGCGACGAUUUUUAACCCAGCGCAAAAUUGUAUCGUAAAGCCGAGCGACGUGAGGAGCAGUAGAACUGUGAUCGUUUAUUUGAAAAAAAAAAAAAAAAAAGAGGCGGAGUGGAGACGUAAUCAAAUUACUGACACGCGCUGGACAGAUCGAGCCUGCACGUAUAAAUCGAUAAAUAUUUAAAAAAAUAAAAUAAUAAUAAUAAUAAAAAAAAACAACAACACAGUGCUUGGACCCCUAAUCAACCGAAACGUCUUAAAUCGCAUAGAGUUUUUAUGAAAGAGCAAUAUCUUUUUUAUUUUUGGUUUGUAUUUCUUUUGUAAAAAUGUUGUACCGCUGCCUAGAGACGUGUAGCACUCGGACUUACGACGACAUCAUCUACAGAAGGAUUAUAAAAAAAAUAUAUAUACGAUAUAUACGCAGGCAAACACUAUGGAAAAAAAACAAAACAAACAAAUGAAGCAAACCAGCAUUCUAACAAAAAUGACCAUUUUAUUGCUGUUAUGUAUUUAUAGAAAUAUAUGAAGAAGAAAAAAAAAAAAACUUUAUCCGAUGACCGGUUGUCGCUUUUUUUUCUGUUUCUUUGGAGAGUAGAUUUUUUUAAAAGAAGAAUAAAAAAAAGAAGUAAUAAUCUCUUUAAGAAAAAUGGCAUAUUUAUCAUUGUGUAUGUGAAUGAAGCGGAUC